AUGACGCGUCGAGACGCGAACCUUCGUGUCGCCAGCCUCCGAGCCUUUGCCAGCGACGAUGAGGAUCUACACGACAUUCAUGGCGGUGCAAGACCAGAUCUCGAGAGACUGGAUUAUUCGUCAAGGGUCCCCGAAACGAUACCCUACAUGACAGAUGUGGAUGAAAAUGUUGAGGAUCUCGUGGACGACGAGGCAUACGUAGAAGAGCCAUGCAUUCCGGCCAGAGAUGGACAGCGUGAUCCAUCGGCGAAUGGCUUGUCUACUGAGGAAGCCAUACAAUGGGGUUCAGUGGGGCCGGCGCUUGAUGUUGACAGACAUCCUAAAUUCACCGAACCCGUAUCAAGCUCGAACCAAUAUGGGAAUAGUCGCCCGCACGGGAAGCUGAAGAAGUCGCUGGAAAUAGAGACGAGGAAUAUGAUCGCAGAACCCGGCUUUGAGCCACGGCGACGGGACACCGAUGCAUUGAAGUCAGAUCUUGAUAAGAAGAGGAACAAGCUUGGUUAUGAAAGAAUAUCCAUUGACUGCGCUCACUGCCGCCGUCGUAGAAUCCGAUGCGUUGUCCCAGAAGAUGACCCCGAGCAGAGAUGCAACAAUUGUAUCCGCUCAAAGAGGGAAUGCGUGUUUUACCCCGUCGGCCAGCAAGCUAUUAUUGAUGCAAGGAUGGACAAGUCUAAUAACACAUUGGAACUUUCGGACGAGCAGUCAUCGGUAGCAUCGUACUUUUCACUCGGGAUCAGCGACUCGAGUAGCAGUCAGCCAGAAGCGACUCAUUACAACCCGACUCUGCAAGUGACGGUCUACAGCGAGCCGAGAAUGACCGGUUACCAUCAACACCGGGUCAAGCCUAUCCCCACGCGACCAGAUUCCCAGAAACCCAGGCAUUCAAUGGAGGUAUCUCCUUGGACCACUUCAACGCCUAUGAGUAAACCGGCACCAUACGCCUUUCACUCCGAGAGCAGUGUACCCACUGUCUCAUCAAAGGUACCCAAGCACAUGUCAUUCUCAGAUGACCUUGGAUCAUCUGUGUAUAUGCCAAACGGAACAUCCACUACUCCGCCACUUUUGGCACGGCGAUCUGACGCGCACUCUCCAGGGGAAAGUCCUCUCGAUGAGGUCCAUGAUCCAGCUUACUUGGAUAUCUCACUAGCAGAGGUUAUAACGCAAGCCGCAGGCGCAGCGGAUUCCAAUGAGCAGUUGCCCGCACGGCGCCAACACAGGUUGCCUCAUCUGGCGAAUUACUGGGAGCGUCCCUAUGAGCAGCAGACGACGGAGGCCCAGACCGAGCAAGCCGGAGCACGCACCGUAGCGCCGCAGAACUUACCAAGCUUACAAUCGGUGGCGCAGCAGCGGCAGGACAUCCCCCAGGCAUAUCCUGCAUACCAGAAUCAGCAGAAUGCAAUGCCAGGCUGGCACCGCACCCUGUCUAAGCCUGAAAACCCGCGGACAGAGAACCUGCAUAAUCCACAUGUGUCGAGCUCUCCAGUCCCAAGAGUACCAGGGAUAGGUCAAGAACAUGCAAGUGUGGCACCGAAUUCAGGUCUUCUUCCUGACUUCCAACCGAUACCAGAACAAGUCAAUCCUGUUCCAUCUACGAACAGGCCUGCUCCCUCAAUGCCAGAGACUCCGGAUAUUGCUCAGUUUCACGUGCAUGGCGAAACCAACGAAGAGAGCCGUGAUUUCGCCAUGCCGCACAGUAUGUCCGGAGCCAUCCCACUCAAGCAGUGA